AUGUCGCAGAUCACAGUACUAGGUUUCUCACCCUCGCGGCCAGAUGAGCAAGGAUUCAACGCCAUCCAUUGGGCAAUAUUGCUCACGCCAGCAACCGAAGCCCAGCAGCAGCAACGGUAUGGUGCACAGCAGCCGUCGACACAAAGGCCCAAAACCAAAUCAUUCUUCUCAACUUCCCGGCUCUUGUCGAAGACGAGCAGUAAUGCCACCCCACCGCUUGAAACGGUUCUAUAUGACAUGCACAACCACCAACUCCGCCAGCAGGCAUAUCCUGUCCCUGUCAAGGCAAAAUCAGAUUCAACCGAACAGUCGAACUCGUCAUCACCAGAGGCAGAGACUGCCACAGAAAAUCUCCAGGCAACAGCGACAACCACAGACAUCAGUUCGGACAUUCGUAACCAGCCAUUUCGUCUCUGCCUCCGGAUAUUGCUGAGUCCUCAUAACCUCCCGGUCACGAAGCUCGCUUCCAAAGUAUCCAAUCUGCUCUACCGGACACCAACCUACGGACCGGAAGAGGACUGGCUGCUCGCUGCACUACAUAUGCUGGUGGGGGCCGGCAUCCUUGAGCCAUCACAGAACUUCGACCCUGAGGCUAUCUUGGCGUUCGCUGGAGAGGCCGUCAAGGAGAACCUCUCGCAGAGCGGACACAGGUAUGAACGUCAGCAGGAGGAAGUGUUGGAGCUGGACUACGCCAGUCACGUAAGGAGCAUUGAACAGGUCAAAGCCAUGUUUGAGCACCACCACCAACAGCAAGCCACGCCGCCUUACACGCCGUCGCCAACCCCGUCUCCGACAUCCUCUUCUCCCGUGAUAGGAGCCGCCGUGGUCUCACCAGCCAUCGGAAACGUAGAGCGAAGGGGCUCCAGCGCGACAUCCCAUUUCCACCACGACCACUCGUGCAAACCCAAAACGCACAAGUUUCUGGGUCUCCGCAUCUCGCCGUCGCCGUCGUCAUACGCACCGCGCCACAGGUGGGCGUCAGGGGAAGGGAUGAAGCGCGCGUAUUACGAGAGGCAAGAUGACCCGUACGGUGGGCUAAUGUGA